AUGUCACGGAACCCACUUCGAACUAAGCUCGUUUUGAUCUCCGGCCACAAACACCGCGCCGAGAGCGCGACCACAGAAACCUCCACUGCAUCAGUCGAAGAAUCCUCGCAAACUGAUCUCGACAAUGAAACACACGAGACGCCGCUGACGGGACAAGACGGUCGUGAGCUGAUAGGAUCAAUCAGCAGAUCAGCACGGCCGGCACGGGCUCGCCUGUCGCGAGAAACCCCGGUACCAGGCUCAGACGACGGCUCGAAAGAUGUCGUGGGGCUGCAAAGUCGAAUAAAGCGCUUGGAGGCGACUGUGCAGCAGUACCAGGAAGAGGAUGAACAAUUUCGAUACCUGUAUGAUGGCAUGGUCAAGGAGAAUGUUGCGCUGGAAGAGCGUUGUGCUGCCCUGACCGUCGAGCGCGACUUCUUCGCAGCAAAAUACAGCGAGCUUCUGUCGGAGCGCUUCAAUGCACAAUUCCCGGGUCUCUGGGUCACUCAAGCCAAAUUGAAGAGUGCUUUCACGGAUAUCUGCCACCAUGUCUCUGCCUGGUGCGAUGAUGCAGCCUACCAAGCGGUCAAGAUGCAAAUUGGGCGUGACCAAGGAGAAAAUCUGGCGGAGCUGCUCGCUCUGUCUCGCGCCUUCAAAGUACCAUUGUCAAGGAAAGGGCUUGCUGCGGUCCUGAUGACUAGGAUACACCGCGAGAUCAUGCUCAACGUGCUUCCAAUUCCGGAUGACUCGGGAUCGAAAAGUCCGAACGAUCUCUGGGCGUCCCAACAAGAUGCCGAGUGGCUUCGUUUUAUAUUGCGGGACCUCGUGGAUCAAGGGAUUCCACCUGACGAGAUACGCCGCUGGAAAUGCUUGACCACCACGGCUCUCGCUCCGCACAGCUUUGAGACCAGUAAGAGGUCAAGACACUUUGCUCGGUCGCUUUGGAGGCAUGUGAUAUCCAUGGUGAAGGGAGACACCAGUGCUCUGGAUUCACAGCUAUGUAAACGGCUCGAAAAUGAAAUUGUCGUCAAAGCCGUCGAGUUCUCAAGACUGAUGCGAAAAUGUCAAAGCUCAGUCCAGGUUCGGUGGCCACUCAAGCUCAAAAGCACAUCAUGUCGGGAAGCCGAGGAUGGCACACUGAUAUGCGAUGUUCUGACAAGCCCAGAGUUGGUGACGAUUUCGUCCGGGGGAUCGACGGCAGGCGCAGAGGAGAGCAUCCUGGUACCGCACACCAUGUUCAGGAUUGAAGGGAUCACUGCGAAUGACAAUCAUGGAGAUGGCAAGACUUGA